AGUACCUACCGGUGUGAAGACGAUCUAUUGAGCGUUGCAUAGUCAGUAGAAUUUAGACGCCGCGAUUGGUGAAAUACACGCGACCAAUGUUACGGAUGUGAAUCAAAAUAACGGUUAUUCACCAAGAUGAAGUACGAAUUUUCGAACGAUUUUGAAAACAAUUCGGAUCCAAAGAAUAGUUUUGCAAACGAAAAACCGGAUGAAAGUGAGGAACCUACCUUCGACUCUGACAGCAUUUACGCGCAUUACGAGCCCUCGGUGCGUUUGUUGCGCAUACGAAAGACCGUAACGGGCGCGUGUGGCUUCCAUUUGACGCGCACCAAAUGGGAUCCCUAUCCGUGGGUGAGCGCGGUCGAUGCACACACCGCAGCGGAAAUGAGCGGUCUGAAGUCGGGCGAUUGUGUGCUGGAGGUUAAUGGCGAAGACGUGUUGGGGUUGCGCAUAACGGAUAUUGCAAAAUUGGUUCAAGCCAAAUCAGGACAUGUCACGUUGCUGCUCUGGAGCUGUGGUAGUGAUUUCAAAUGUGACCCGGAGAGUAUUUGCUGUGCACCAAUGCCACGCACACUGCAGCGACUCGCCACCAUCGUACAAUCCAUAUUGGGCAUAAUCGAGUGUCCCGUCUGUUUGGACACCAUCACACCGCCGGUAAUGCAAUGCCAAAACGGUCACUUGCUCUGUCUCAACUGUCGCAUACGCGCCGAACGUUGUCCCGUCUGUCGGGACCGCUACACGCCGCAGCGCGCUUUAAUUGCCGAGCAAAUCUACGCAGCUAUCACGAGUGCAUACAAUUUGUGUAGCGGCAAUGAAGACAAAUUACGCCAGAAGUUAUACGGACCGGGUGUAAAAUGUGGAGCAAAAGUGCUGACUAGACGUGGGCGACGCGCCGAGGCAGCCAAACAAACGAUUGAUGACUCCGAUGCGCAAACGGAAGUUAGAAAAGCGAAUGUCUACACAAGGCGGAGUUGGCUGAGAGCGACACAGUCGAACGGUGCGCCGGGUGCUAGUCAACAUGUGGCACCCGGUGGUGGGCAACCGGGACAUUUUAGCUUUACAAAUGAAACAGACACCGCACCGAAGGUGGAUAUCGAGCUGGCAGACACAGCUGCGGCAGCAACGGAAACGUGUGCGACGAAGCGUGCGAGUAAAAGAAAAAAGAUUCUAAUGAAAUUAUGGCAUGGCAGUGCCACAUCCACAUCUAUGGAGAAUCUCUCAACAAGUGUUGCAGCUACAAGUGGACAGCUGAAUGGCAAAGUUAUUGGUAUGAGCAGCAUUGAUAAUGGAUUGACGACGUCUGCUGGUGCAACGACCCCAGCAGCAGCGACGCAAAUUCAUGAUGAACCCGCCGCCGCGCGUCUCCAUCAGCCACUGCAAUCCAUUUCGAAUCGAUUUGUGCGAAAUGCCAGCAGCGAUGUGGAAGCGGUGAUGAAAAAUUCACAAAACCACUCGACUUUGAGUGACAACAAUGGCGGCGGCGGCGACAGCGUCGGCACAUGUGAGGCGGUGGAAGCCACAGCAGCCGAAAUGAAAACUUCGGUAUUGUUGAUGUGUACGCAACAGCAAAACGAGACGAGGACGAUGACAAUGCCAUUGAAUUGUGUGACAACAAGAAAAACAAAUUUAAAUGCGACUACAACAACAAAUGAGCUGAUGCAGGUAAAAGCCGUGUCAAAGCAUUUCACGGCAACAGCAACACUGACUACAAAUGACUCCGCACCAGCAUGCGAAAACCACCAGCCAGAAGCCGAAGAAGAAGAAGAAGUAGUUAAAGAAUGGAUAAAUGGAAAAAUAUCGCCGAAGCAACGGCACGUUCAACCGCAUUCGCAAUUGAGUACGUGGGCGCAGCAGCCGCAGCACCAAAAUCAGCAACAGCAGCUCUCAACUGCCAACAGUACAAGUGACAGCCAGUCAACGGAGCCACCACCCGUCAACGCCAUCGCCGUGGAACGCUGUCCGUCCAUGCAGCGAAGUCAACCGUCGUCUCAAAGCAUAUUUAAUGACUACAAAAACAACGAACAGCAUGAAAACUGCAAUUGUCCGUCAUCCACGUUGCUCUACGUGGACAGACGACGUCCCGCCAGUCGCACGCUGAGUUCUUCCACUGAAUAUUUAAAUAAAUUCUGCCAGCCAGCAGCAACAGAUGCAACACCGCACACACCUGUCGAUAUGAAGCAAUGCUGCGUUGACUAUGGUGCAGGCAGCAGGAAAACCUCCAACUCCAACAAGAGCUGUGGCAGCAGCAGCGACAUCGCUGCCUCAGCACAUGCAAUUCUAACACCUGCAUCAUCGCUCUCGUCUGGUGUGUUCUCCACUUCAGUGGAUCCAAACGAUUUGGCUGCGUCAAUUGUAGCAUGCCAUGCACCGCCUGAUGACGCCGCAGAAAUUACGGCCAUUACGGCGCACAAAAAUGCGUUGUUAUCGCCAGUGGACAGCUUGGGGCAGUCAUCAUCAAUAACUUCGUCAUUGCGUUCUUUAUCGUCUUUGGCGUCAUCGUGCUUUUCAUCCACAACAUCGGAUGAAGCGCAGCUUCCCUUAACGGCGGCUGCAUGCACUGAAGAUUGUCCAUCUAGCGCCGUCCUUAAUUCCAUCGUCAUUUCUUCUGACCAACCGUCUUCGGCGGCAACAAAAGUCGCGCCAUCGGUAACGCAUUUGUCCAACGUGGAACCCUUUGGAACAUUUGUAUGCCAGCAGUUUGGCGAAGCUGCGUUGCCUUGUCCCUGCGAUGGCUGCGACGAGAGAUUCAAAGCCUCAUCACAUUUACAGCGGCACAUCAAAGUGGUGCAUCGCCUGCCGAUACUGAGCUUUGUUGUUGAUGAGCGCGCACUCAGCGCUGUGCCGUUGCGACAGCUGUUGGCGGAUGCGGUGCUCAUAUUGGAAGCGCGCACAAGCGAAAGUACAAACAGCAACAACGCCAAAAACAACAGUAACGAUAACGAGAACCACUGCAAUGAGGACAAUGUGCUCAGUGAUGCGUGGCGAGGAGUGGGCCAGAAGGACAAUGCGGAUUGCGUAGGCGAAUUAAACGCCGUGGACAACAUGGAUGUGCAGGAUGUGCACAAAGCAAGGCCAGAUAUGCAAGGAAGCCGAGAGGAUGUGUACUCGAAGGAUAUUGAGAAGCAACUGGAGCAAACUAGAGAAUGUUGGAUUAGAAUAAAAGCGCACGACGAUUGCAUUCACACGACAGCGUUGUUGCAACCAACCGCAGCGGAAAGUGCUGCUGAUUAUGUGCUGAAAAUGCGAUUAAGUUGUAUUGGUGACACGACACCGACUGCAAAAGGACCAAUAGCGGCCAACGAGCUGUAACUGGUGUGUUGGUCGCCAUUGGCGGUGCCUGUCAAAGCACAGCGCGUUCAGUGGGCUACACUGCGGCCAAGCUGAAAGCAACCACAACAGAACACAGCAGCCGCUCCAACGAAUAGCAAUAACAAUAACAAUGGACGGCAUUAGCUUGCAGCAGCAACGACGGCCUGCAAACAGCACAACAACACAAACAAAACAACUGACUAUUAGAGCCACCAGCACUUUGGCCACAGCUUAAUACCACAUCAGCGACAGGCAAUGUUACUAUACCAACAACAAAGCUAACAACAAAACAAGUGGGGCACAUUCUAUAUGACAGCAAAGUUGUAAGGCGUUAAAGUGAUUAUAUUGGCAAAAGUUAAAAAGGAAAAACAACAAUAACACUAUAUUUUCUAAAGUGCCAGCGCAUUUGGCCUUUACAUAAGUAUUUAUAACCACAUAUACUAUAAGGAGUACUUAGCAAUAAAUAUUGUUAUGUAUAUAGCCAACACUUGACAAUAAUCAUUAAGUAUGCAUAAGUAAAACAUAAAUAAAUAUCGAUAUAAUAAAAAUUAAAAAAUGCAACAGAAGUAGAGUUUUGUUCACCAAACGUUUAAUAAAUACAGAAGUUAUGAAUGAGAUUCGGUUUAUGAAGUACUUGUCAUGUCAUAUCUCACCAACUAAUCAAUAAAAUUCAGUUUAUAAUCGUUCCUAUUAGCUUUAUGUUACAGUUGAAAAUGG